CCAGCAAUGGUCGUUCCGAGCUGAUAGAAUGUGUUGGAACCAUAAACUCUGUAAAAUACAUCGAAAUACUUAAGCAAGGAUUACUGCCGAUAUAUUCACACGGUAACAUAACGAAAAAUGGGUUUUUAUUCAUGAAAAAUGGGGCUCCAUGCCACACAGCGAAAAAGAAUCAACAAUGGCUAACUGAAAAUGGAAUCAAAAAGCUUCCUUGGCUGAGCCAAUCUCCCGACAUGAACCCAAUUGAAAAUCUUUGGAGCAUACUAGAUAGAGGUAUACGAAAAUCUCGACAGAAACCUAAAUCUUAAGAUGAAUUGUUUCGAUUGUUGCUUGAAAAGUGGGCAGAAAUUUCACAAAAGACAAUCACAAAUCUCAUCAGUUCAAUGCCAAAAAGAGUUUCUGAAUUAAAAACUGCAAAGGGAAUGUCAACUAAAUACUAAAAUAUCAUCAUCAUUCUCAUCGAUAUAAUUAUGGCGAAGACACAAAGAGAAACCUGGGCGAAAUGGUCGGAGUUUUUCUUCUCGAUUGUGGGCAUGGUGGUUGGCCUUACAAAUAUAUGGCGUUUCCCAUACUUUUGUUACAUCAGCGGUGGCGGUGCGUUUCUAAUUCCCUUUUUCAUAUUUAUGAUAUUUGCUGCCAUCCCAAUAUUAAUGCUUGAAAACGCUGUCGCCCAAUUUGCUAGUUUCGGACCAGGAAAAAUAUGGGUCAUGUGUCCCCUUUUUAAAGGUAUAGGUGCUGGAAUGAUUAUUAUAUGUGCCAUCACUAGUGUGUACUACAAUGUGAUCAUAGCCUGGGUCUUAUACUAUCUGUAUAGUUCCAUGCACCCUACAUUAGCUUGGAGUAAAUGUAACAACCCCUGGAACACACAUCGUUGCUAUGAAUCAAUUUCCUUGACGAAAAUUUCUCAAAGUAAUUCCACUUUAGACUCGAUGCUGAAUUCAACGAAGGAUGUUAAUGUAUCUUCAUCUCUGGCACUGUCGUCAUCUGUUGAAGAAUACUGGGAGCGUCAUGUAUUGAACCUGUCACCAAGUGUUAACAACAUAGGAACUGUACGACCUCCUUUACUCUUGUGUCUCUUCUUGAUUUGGUUGAUAACAUUUCUCUGUCUUUCAAAAGGUAUCAAGACAUCUGGUAAGAUUGUAUACGUUGCUGCCAGCUUGCCCUAUAUUUUCCUUUCCGUGCUGUUGAUAAGAGGUUUAACCUUGCCUGGAUCAUUGGAUGGACUAUAUUACUUCGUCAAGCCAGAAUGGGAAAAAGUAACAGACCCCUCAGUAUGGAAGAACGCAGCUGUACAAAUAUUUUUAUCCAUUGGAAUCGGUACCAGUGCAUUAGCAACAUUAUCAAGUUACAACGACUUCCAUAACAACUGUCAGAGAGAUGCCAUCAUUUUACCAAUAAUAGACGGAUUAACCAGCUUUUUGUCCGGUUUGACAUCGUUUAGUAUCCUGGGUUACAUGGCUCAUAUUAGUGGAACACAUCUUGACAAUGUGAUAUCGAAAGGUCCAGGGAUUGCCUUUAUAGUUUACCCACAAGCACUUUCAACUUUACCUUUUGCUCAGAUCUGGGCAGUAAUGUUUUUUGCAAUGUUGGUGUUGAUUGGCUUAGACAGUCAAUUUGGUCAUAUUCAAGUGAUUGUUACUGCUAUUACAGAUGUGUAUCCAGAAAAAUUUGGCAAUCACAAGACUUUGUUAACCGGAAUUGUCUGUUUAGUUUGUUUUCUUUUUGGAAUCGUUUUAAUUACGGAGGGUGGACUCUACGUCUUACAAAUAAUAGACUGGUACUGUGCUAGUCUUACUCUGAUGUUGAUAUUGUUUCUUGAAAUCAUUGCAGUUGCCUGGGUUUACGGAGCCAGAAGACUAGAAAAUGAUAUCAGCCUAAUGUUGGGCCGAAGACCUUGGCCAGUUUGGAAACCUUUGUGGACUGUCAUCAAUCCACUGUGUGUUCUUAUUCUCUGGAUAUCGAGUUUAAUAUCCUUCAAACAUUUAUUUUAUGGCGACGGUACUAUGUUUCCAAAAUGGACUCACUAUGUUGGUUAUGGUAUUGCUCUACUUACCAUCAUUCCACUGCCAGUAUUGGGUGUACAACAAAUCAUGAAGCAUACAGGAUCAUUUGUAAAUAGAUUGAAGCAAAGCUUAAAGCCAACCAUGGAGUGGUGUCCAGCAGAGACAAGAGCUGAACUCAACAAAGACGAUAUCAUUAACUCCACUGAAGAAGUUGCAAGUCAUUUUUUGUGAAAAUCCCUUCUGUGCAUGAAGAGAUCAUCUAUAAUAUAUAUAUAAUUAAAUAUAAAAUAUUUAAAUAUUAAUGACUAAUAGAAUUUUAGAGUCCAUGCUGGUAAAAUCAUGAAAAAUGGAGGACGAAGCAAAUCAGUCUAGAGGAAGGACAUUCGUACAUAAAAGGUCAAGCAAUAUAAAGCAUAAAAAAUAUUUUAGAUAUCAAAGUGACGUGUAAAAGAACACAAUCUAAAAACAUGAAGACUUGGCAAUAACUUAGACAUAAACUCGAGCAAAUUUUACUGUGAAUUUGUUGUUGUAGGUAGAUUUUACUGCCAUAUAUAACUAAUUUAUGUAUUAUUCUAUUUAUUAAC